AUGCAGGCUGAUUCCACAGGUGUAUUGGGCCUUCCCAAGGUCAUGCAACAGUCUGGCUGGAUAGGAGGCUUUAUUGUUCUAUUCGUCGCUGGUCUUGCAUCUAUGUGGAUGGCUCAUCAUCUAUGCGAUGCAUGUGUAGCUCUAAAGAAAGGUAGCGAGUACCCCUCCUUCCAAGACGUGGGAAUGCGGACCUUCGGGAUAGCAGGCAAACUGGCUGUUGUUAUUUGUAUGGAUGUUUUUAUGGUUGGCCUUUGCGUCAUUAUGUUGAUUCUCUUCGCUGAAAACACUAUGCGGCUAUGGCCUGUUCUAACGCAAGACUGGUGGGUCCUCAUUUACGCAUGUCUUAUGGUCCCCUUCGUCUGGAUCCGAUCGAUGAAGGCAAUCGGCUGGCUAUCAUCAGUUGGCGUCAUUUCUAUUAUCGCCACUUGUAUAGUCAUCAUCAUAGCCAGUGCUACGAAUGCUGUUAGCGAGGGUGACACGCUAGAGUAUCACCUCUUCAAUGACCAGCUUGGUAGCGCUAUGGCAACUUUGAUGACAUCUUUCGGUCUCACUACUAUGGUGUCCGCAGUUCUCAAUGGCGUGGGGGAACCUAGCAAAUUCAGCAAAGCGCUCAUUUGGGCUUUCGCUAUAAUAUUCGCCGUCUACAUAGGCAUCAUGGCUGCUGGUUAUGCGGGCUAUGGUGACGGGAUCGCCCAAUAUGGCGAUAUUGUCAGUGCCAUCUCGACCUCUACUGGCAAACUCAACUGGGCUGGCUAUGCUAUCAUCGUCUGUAUUCUAGUAUUGUGUGCAACUCAUUUCCUCGCUCUCUUCACUCCGGUUGCUAUGGACUGUGAGAGGCUUAUCCCAGAGGAUGCUCCAAUGCGCCAUCUGAUAUGCUAUGCUAUACGAACGGCUCUUGUGGCAUUAUGCGCUCUUCUUGCUGUUGUCAUUCCUGGCGUUAUGACUCUGAUAUCUAUUUUGGGAGCUAUCCUCGGGAUGCCCUGUGUUAUGUUACUUCCUCUCUUCUUUUACUGGAAGGCCUGUUUCGUCAAUACUGCUGGCCUGCGUGCCAUUUACUCCGGACGCGUCGUUCAUUUCACCGGAGAAAUUCUGAUCAUCCUGCUGUCCAUAUACACAUUAGUGUUCGGACUGUACCAAACAAUUAUAAGCUUAUAG